AUGAAUAAAAAAGUUCAUAAAAGAAGCUUUCAAAUUGAAAGGCUAAAUAAGCACAACUGGUUAGCUUAUAGUCGUAAUAGAGAAGGAGGAGCGUUUUGUAAAGCAUGUGUACUUUUUGGACCAAAGUUUGGUGGGAUUGGAAGACAAAGGAUUGGCAAAGAAAUUCCUAUGAUAAAAUACAAAGAUGCUUUACACGAUUUUAAGAUACAUAUGGAAAGAGAAUAUCAUAAAACAGCAAUUGUGCGGUCUUUAGAAUUUAUAAAAUGUUUUAAAGGCAAAAAAAAAAACAGUAGAAAUUCAACUUGA